AUUUGAUUUGAUAAGACCAAAGAAUACUCCAUCCGUUGGAUGGAGUAUUCUUUGAUAAGACUCUCAGUGUUGUUUAUAGAGUUAACAGUGAAUAACAUUUAUUUAUUGUAGUUUUAUUAUUGUAGUUUUUUAUUUUUAACUGGAAAUACUAGAAUAUCAACUGCUAACUAUUUUACUAAAAUUUUGGACUUUCUCAAUAUUAAUAACAGACUUCCACCACUGAUAUGAAUAUCAUCUUGGGUAUUCACUAUUGUGAUUUAAAUGGUAGGUAGCAGUUCUAUGGACUCUAGCCGAUACGAUGGAUGCUGAUAAUGUUAAUGGAUCUAACUUACAGAAGAAGAUCGUUUCGUCAAAGAUGCAUCAGACUCGAAAGCUACCAACAAAAAAAGUGAUGGGGGAAUAUAAUAAAGGCCCAGUUGCAAAUCUGGGUACCGACUAUGAAUGGAAACUCCAUUGCCUAUUUGCAGUAGCCGCAUUUAAACAUUUUGAAAACUGGAGCUUGGCAAAUGAAUAUAUAGACGCUGGAAAAUUCGACGAUUUGGUAUUUAAAAUGAAUGAUGAGUGCUUAUUACUACAGGCAAAAUUUAAGGAAAACAAAGAAGUCUCCAAUCGGGAAUUCUGGUCAACUAAGCCAAAAUCUGAUAAUUUUAGUAUUUACAAAUAUAUUCUGUCGUAUAAUGACAUAAAAGGGAAGGUUAAUGAUCUCAAGACGAAGGCAGUAAAACAAAUAAUAUUAUGCACCAAUGCUAAGUUACCAGAUAGCAUAUUAUACAUUAAAAGAUUUUCUGAAAGUAAUAAUAUAACAAACCAAAUAUUUGGCGAUAAAGUAGAAAUGCGUAGUAUUAGGGAAAACCAACGCAAGAAAUUUGAUGAAGUUCAAACUUAUCAAAACAAUAUUACCAACAAUGAUAAAGACAAACUUUCAUGGCAGAAAAUGUCUUUAAAUGAUAAUGAUAUUGAAGAGUUUAUGUCCAAAUUUGUAGUCAUCAAAAUAAGUAAAGAACAAAUUGAUACACAAAUUUCUGAACUCAUUAUGAGCAUGGAGAAAAAAAAUCCUUCGUUAAAAAAUUUGUAUAUAAUAAAUGAUAUUCAUUACUGGCGCAACUUGGGCUCUAAACAUUCCGUUUAUAUGACGAAAAAUUAUAUGAAACUCAUUUGGUAUAGAGAGGAAAAUGAUAGAUGUAUUCAACAGUUUUUAAAUUGCGACAUCUCUUUUUUAAACCCCUAUCAAUUUUCACUUUCCAUUAAUUUAGUCAAAUCUGAACAGAAUUUGGAUUUAUGUUUAGCUAAAAUAGUUAACAGCAUAAAAUUGAUUUAUAAGAAACAGGACAAACCCGAUGAUAUGUUCUUUAAAGAAGUACUGUUUCUAGCUUCACGGAGAGACUAUAAAACGAUUGAAAAUAUUAUUAAAUGUUUUGAAAUAAAAAACAUUAAAUAUUUAGUUGUUUCCUUUUUGGAAAUGGACAAGAAUCAGAGUAAAGAAAUAUAUUACAACAUAUCGAGUAUAUUAGAAAAUAAUAAACAAAAGAAGGUGAUCAUUAUUGCCAAAAAUUUCGGAUUUCAAGACAAAAAUGUUGAAACCGAUCAAAUCCGCUUGAACCUAUUCGAUGAAAAUACAAAGGAGAUAGUAUGUAAGACGACUAUUGAAUUUCAAGGUGAAGCUGUAACAUUUAAACAUCUGUUAAAUAAUUGUAAGGUAAUAAAUUUAAUGGAUAAUUGUCAAUCGCUAGAUUCAAUGGAUAAAUCUUAUAUUUGUUCCCUGGUUAAAUCUAGAGAAAAAUCAUUUGAUUUAGACGGAGAUUCAUACAAAGAUCUAGUAAAUUCUAUAAAGACUAAGUUAUCCAAUGAUAACAACUAUUCAGACUUGGGAAAUCCAAUAAUUUUAGAAUUUGAAGGUCUGCAGAUUGUACUAGAGGAUCUAGUAACGAUUUGUAAGAUAGAAUAUCUAAUUGACGAAUUAUUUAUUUUGCAAUUAAUUAAAAAGGAAACAAUAUCUUUAGGAAAAUUUCCAACGGCAUCAAUAACAUUAGAAAAAUAUUAUAUUCCUCGACUUUUAAGUAGGGAUUUCCAAAAUUUGUUUUCUGAAGAUCUCUUACUCAGUAAACUAAAAAACAUCAAUAAAGAAGUAACUGUACUUACUGGCCCUCCAGGGGCUGGUAAAACAACUCUUUUAGAAAAUAUAAUACUAUCGAGAAAGUUGACAGAUAAAAAUUGUUCCCGACUGACAUGGAUAAUAAAUAUAGAAUUAUCAAGAGCGAUAGAGUAUCUACAAAAUAAGAGUUUGAAUUCCAGUCUUUUAGGUUUGUUAAGUUACAGUGAAGAUAUUCGAUGUAGUUUCGAUAUUCAGGUUUUAAAAUCUAUCGAGAAGAUUAUCAUAAUCGAUGGAAUAGACGAAAAUAAUUCAGAGUACAUCCAUCAAGUGCAAGAUUUGAUUGAAGAUUGCUCAAGUUCAAAGAAUCUGAACAUUUUAUUAGUGAUAAUGUCCUGCAGGAACUAUGACUUUAUCUUAAAAAAAAUUCGGAAUAAGCCUAAUGUGGAAACAGUUGUGGUAGAGCCGUUUAAUGAACAAGAUCAAGAGAUUUUUUUUGAAAAGUACGUUACAUAUAAAAAUGCAACUAGCGUACAGAACACAAAAGAUUUGUUUCGCCAUUUAAAAGCAAAAGCACCUGGAAUAAAAAAUUUUUGUUCAACUCCACUUGCAUUAAGAUUAUUAAUCGAUAUCAUACUCAACAACGGGCAUCAUCUACACCAUAUAUCCAAAAUAUUUUCUAAAUCGUUGAGUGUGUAUGAAUUUUAUAAGCUUGUCUUAGAAGAAAAGAAAAAAACUUUUGUUCAAGAACAAAAAUGUGACAUAAGCAGUAUUGUAACAGAUGCUUUUGAUGCUUACUUAACUAACACAAGGGAGUUUGCUGCUAGUAAAAGCCUUCCACGAGAAUUACAAGAACUUUUCAAUACUGAUAUAUCUCCUUCUGUAAAUUCAUCGAUGCUUUCAAUUGGUAUAUUCGAAGAUACAAACGGAGAAUUUAAAUUUGUUCACAAAAGUUUCGAAGAAUACUUUGCUGCCGAAUACAUUUGGAAUUUUCUUAGUCAUAAACGUAUUAGCGACUCAAUUCUUCUAGCUCUUCUUAACAAAGUGUUUCUUAAAAUACAGUAUGCUGGUGUAUCUGGAUUUCUUGAUGAAAUCCUCAACACAAAAAUAUCAGUUGAGGAUAAAUGUUUCAAUAAGAUUAGUAAAGAGUUUGGUCGGAUACUUACUGAACAAAGAUGGGUAGAAAGUAUAUCAUUUUUAGCACUUCAAGGUUACCUUAGUAUUGUCAAAUUUGUAUUUAACCAAUACGAUGGUUUUUCCGAAGUUAUUAGUCAUAGGGGUACUUCUGGUGAAACGGCAUUGCACCUAUCUGCUCACUAUCCAUAUUUUGUUAAGUAUCUAGUAAAAAACGGUGCUGAAAUUAACUCCGUUGAUAAGAAUGGACUGACCGUAUUUCAUUACAUCACAAUGAUGUUCUGGGGCUCAGAAAAAUACAAAAUAUAUUUUAAUAUGAUUUUUGAGAGAAUGAAAUAUCGGGGUAAUUUUAAAGCAGUACGUAUUGCUGAGGAGUACAUUGAACUUAUAGUGAAGGAUCAGAUAAACCGUAUUCGGCCUAAGGUAGAGUAUGAUGUUAUUCUAGAUUUGGUUGAUUAUUUAAUAGAUCAUGGAUUGGAUUUAAGCGUUAGAGAUAAAUAUGAAAGAACAUAUAUUCAUUGGACUGCAAUAUCAGGUUUUCCUUUACUUAAAACACUCCUAGAAAAAUAUGAACUGGAAUAUACGACUGUUGAUAAAUAUGGAUUUACACCGCUUCAUUACGUUUGUCAGCACGACUCUCUUGAUAAUCUUGAAUACUUCGAACAAAGCGGAUUACUUUGUGUCAACAGUUCUUCACUGGUGUCUUUGAAUAAACCACCCAAAACAGUAAAAAUAUUAAGUGAUGUGGAUCAAAAGAAUGAAAUGUUAUUGGUAAAAGAUAAAUAUUUGAAUUUAAGUACUGUAAAUACAAACGGAGAAACUCUUAUACACAGAGCUGCCUUAGGAAAUUCUUUGAAUGUAUUAACUUGUCUACUUAAUAAAUAUAAAUUGAAUCCAAGGGUGGUUGAGAAAUAUGGGAAUACACCUCUUCAUUAUGCGGCUUAUAGUGACUCACUAAAAGCAUUCAAAUAUCUGCUUCAAUCCGGGAACAUCGAUGUUAAUGAUAGCAACAAUAGAGGUGCUACCGUGCUUCACUGGGCUGCAUACAAAAAUUUUAAAAAAAUUAUUGAAUACUUACUAUCGGUACCUGCUUACGCACAUUUACUAAUUAAUAUUCAAAAUAAAAUGAGAAAAAAUAACAGAAAAGGUAAAUAAAUGAAAUUCUAUACCGGCUUUAGCCUCCGUAAUCAAUAAUUAAUUAUCAGUACCUCAUUAAUAGUGCAAAUAAAAACGUCAAUACUCCUCGUUAUCAAUCAGCUUUGAACAAUUCAUUAUCAAGUUUUAAAUAUGCAGUACAAGACAUGUAACCAAAAAGGUCGAACUGUUUUAGGUACACAUUAGGUGUUCACGUUUCAAGUAAAUAUGUUAAUAAUUCUGUUCAUAAAUUUGUACUUAUAUAAUGUAUACUUAUAUAAAACGGUAGCGGGUAGGUACCCCUCUAUGAUUUUGAUAGAGGGUAGACUUACUUCAGGGAUUUAUUGUUCUUGUCCACGCGAGUUCCUGGUUUUUCUUUCACUCCCCACUUAGAGGAAACCAGGCCCAAACCCCAAAUUUCUUUCCUAUAUCCCCCCCACAGUCGCCAACUUGUCUUGCCAGCGUGGCGAGUUAUGGCUAACUCGCCCCCAAUGAGUUUUAAAACAAGAUCCCACAUAACAAUUUCAUGUUCUUAGUAGAUGCAUAGAACAUACUUUUCAGAAAAAGUAUAUACUGAGAAUAUGCGUAAUUACCAUUGCGAAUGUGCAGAGCAGAUACUGAGUAUAUACUACAUUACAGCACUUAAACGUUCUAUGUAUAUACAUACUUAGAAUGUACUACCGCACUUCUUUUCAGUACAUACCAAGAACAUACUUUUUAGAACAUUCCAAGGACGUGCUAUAAACCUUCUAUUUAUAUACUUAGAACGUACUACCGCACAUCUUUGUAUGGGAAGAAUAUAUAUUUUUAAGAAUAUUCUAAGAAAGUGCUAUCAAGUGCUAUAUUGAUCAGUGGUAUGUUUUCAGCAUUACCUAAUCUCUUCUUAGGUUCUAUCAAAUUCCGAUUAUAUUUACAUAUUUUAAUUGCAAAUGAGAAUGUAGUACCUACAUUCUACAAUAUUACUUAAAAAUUAAGUAGGUACCUAGGUAUUUAUAAAUUUUAGUUAUUCAUAUAAAUUAUUAUAUAAUAUUUAGCUAAACUAAACUAUGUAUAAGAAACUAUAAUUUAUAUACACUUAUAUGUACUUACCUAGAUACCUACUAUUUAAGUAAUAUUGAGUUACCAAAAUAGAUAUUUUGAAGCACCGCACAAAAAAAUAAAGAUAUUAUGUAUGUUCCUUAGUCCUAGUACUUUAUUAUUCGUCUUCAUCCUUAACACUGCAUAGAUACAAUGAUACAAAUUAUGGCUGUUUCCGUUUUCAUAUUUUACCGUUGUUUCCUAUCCCUGAUCCAUUCGGUUAAGAAAUGGUCAGAAUAAGACGGGGAUAUGUAUUAUGGAAUAACAACAUCGGUGGUUAGUGUUGCCAAACGGAGGGAAAUUUCCCUUUUUGCGGCAAUUUUCAACAUAAAAGGUGAUAAACGGAAAAAGUUAACUCAAAAGGGGAUUUUUGUUCCAGUCCAAAUUGUAAGAUAAUAAAAAAAUCAAAAUAUUUGAAAAUAAUUAAACAUAUUAUCUUCUCAAAUUUUGUAAAAAGGAGGGAAUUUUUUCAUAAAAGUGGGAAUUUUUAAGGUAAGUUGACGGAAAAAGCUUACUCGACGGUUGGCAACACCAAAGCCUUUGGUUGUGGGUUUUGGCACGUUUUGGUUCUAUUGAAUUGAAUGUACCUAAAUUCAAUUUCCAACGAUGUAAAAAUACUCAUGACACACUCGAAAUGGUAAAGUCCUUUCCAUUAUGAAAACGAAUUUUUAAUAAUAAAGGUUAAUACAAUUAA